GCUUUUAUUUUGAAAGGAUUAUUCGUAUCUCAGCGUCGGCUGCCUCGCGCUGCUUGCAGGGCAAAACGACAGACGAUUAACAACGCUGUUCUUAUUUUCCUUCUUCGUUUACAUAGGAGUUGUGCGGUUUCCUGCUUUUAUUGCUGUAAAUCUGUUGUGUGUCCGACUUGUCAGAUUUGUUUGCCCUCCGAUAGGCAGCUGAGGUCGUCUUGAAUCUCUCCUCGUCCUCCGCUUGCGCUCGAACACAUUCCUGCACAGAUCCCCGUCAACACUCAGAUGAGCGCGCGCCCGCGAUCUGCCUCGAACUCGUCAUCGAGGUGUAGUUCAGCUCGGGAUCGCGCUCGUUGCUGUGAUGCUGGGGAGCAGCUGUCAAACCAGGUAACCUCUGCUGGAUACACCUCGGCUGAAUCGAAAGCUUAGAGGAGGGCCAUGAUUUAGGAGAUGGGUGAGUAUGAGGACAUUCUGCGCAGGCUCGAGGGGGAGGCCCAUCACUUCCCCCCUCCAGCGCGAGCCCCAGGCGGCCGCGAGCGGCUCCACAUCCAGAAGAGCAGCGUGUGCUCCAGGGCCUAUUUCGUGGUUGUCAUGGCCUUCUUCCACCUCUAUAUAAUAAACAUCAUCGCGCUGCUGCUCUACGUGCACUAUAACACGGGCUCUGGGGAGCAGGAUGUACCCCUGGAGAGUAGCGCCAGUGCCCCUCGACCCAUGCCUGAGCAGCAGAGCCCGUCCUCGGCUGAGCGGAGCCCGGGGCUCUCCUUCCAGCUGCCGCGCCUGGAGGGCAUCCGGGUUGGACACGUGCAGAGAGUCUCUCUGGUUCCCGACCGGACUCAUAACAUGCGCACACUCAGCCUGAAACCACUGCUGUUUGAGAUCCCAGGGUUCCUGAGUGUGGAGGAGAGCAGUGUGGUGAUGCAGCUGGCUCAGCUGAAGGGUCUGACACACAGCUCACUCCUCACAGCUCCGGACAGCCAGGAGGAGCAGCUCACUCAAGAUGAGCUCUUCAGCCUGCUCGACCUCAACCAGGACGGCCUGCUGCAGAGGGAGGAGAUUUUGAGUCUGUCCCAUUCGACUGAUGGAUCUUGGCUGAGCUCAUACAAUUUACGGAAAAUCCACACCGGGUUUGAGACCAGCCCCUCUGGAGUUUUGUCUCUGCAGGAGUUUAAGCGUGUCAGUGGUGGAGUGUUGCAGUAUGGCAGCGCUGGCCAAGGUUCAGACAGACAUGCCGAGGUCAGGCAGAGAAGCACACACACGCGACUUUACCUCGGAGAGGGCACACACCACCUGCUGAAGAGCAUCAGACACAGAGUGACCCGUUUAACGCGACUGCCGUCCUCAUUGGUGGAUCUCAGCGAGCCAAUGGAAGUGGUCCGUUAUGAGCAGGGCGGCUACAGCCACGCCCACCACGACAGCAGCCUCACCAAUCACGACAGCAGCUGCGCCCACACACACCUGGCAGCCAAUAACUCCGCCUCCACACAGGUGGCGUGCAGGUACCUGACGGUCUUGCUGCAUCUGAACUCGGCGGAUGGAGGAGGAGAGACCAGCUUCCCCGUGGCUGACAACAGGACCUAUGAGGAGGAGGUCUUAGGUGAUCUCUCUCAGCAGUACUGUGUUAAAGGCAAUCUGAAGGUCAAACCUGUAGCUGGAACCGCUCUGCUGUGGUACAACCACCUCUCAGAUGGAAAUGGUUGGGUUGGAGAGCUGGAUGAAUUCUCUCUGCACGGUGACUGUUUAGUCACUCGGGGCGUCAAAUGGACAGGAAGAGUGUGGGUGAACAUCGACCCUGACCAGCAGCGGCAGGAGCGCUACCAGCGUCUGGUCUCAUGGCAUCCAGACGAGCAAAGCAAAAACCCCGAGCAUGGACACAUGCACCAAGACCUCUGAACCAGACGGGGCUACAAAGCAUCCGUUGCAGAUCAUUUUUACAUUGUGUCAGUACGUCAUAAAUAGAACGAGGCAGCAGUUUACUGUCAGAGAUUAUAAUAGGGUCUAUUGUGUUUUGUCACGCCGUGCGCCGCCGCUCAUGUCCAGUGUAGACACGGUGGGAGAAAUUACCCUUCUAUGCUGAUCUAGAAUCAGUUUCCCCCAGUGUGAAGCCUGGUUUAGGAAAGUAAAAGAGAUCCCCAGCGCUGCAAGCUUUACCUUCAUGUAGCUGUCAGCCCCUGCUCCAGUGACAUCAUUUAAUAUUUAUGAGUUCAACAGGGAAAAUCCUCUUUCAAUAAUAGCUGAACAUUCACUGAUAUAUAGUUUGCUGGUGUUGCACAAGUUAUUUAAUCAUUAUUUAUUAAAAAGUUUUAUUCAGUGUGGCAUAUUUAUUGAAGAUAUUAUUUGUCAUAUUGAUGUUUAUUUAAUUGUUAUUAUUUAUUCAUAUAUAUAUAUCUCAAAUGUGUGGUGUGUACAUUAUAUAUAUGAGUCAAAUAAUGUGUGUCUAUCUCAGGUUUGGUUAUGCCCAGGUAGGCUUUUUCCAUUUUAAUGCACUGUUUCAAGCAAAGACAUUGUCAGAUAUUUAAGUUAAAUGAAUUAAGAAAUAAAUGCAUACUUAUGGAAGAGUG